AUGUCGGCCUCGACAACUUCCACAAUGGCAACAUCCCAAGUCUCAGAGCGAAAAGCCGGAGGCCAUUCUCGUGAAGCUUCACGAGGAGAGUAUACUUUCCCAAGAACAGGGGUACCGACCAUCAGCGUUUCCAGAUCACAUUCUCGAAAUUCAUCUUGGGAUAGCAAGAAGAACGACGAUAUCAUGCUCCCACAACGUCGUACACCACCAUCAAUCCAAAUUCUGCCCGCUAGCAGUCCAUCUACUAGACGGAAUUCUAACGAGUACGGUGGAAACUCCUUUUCCACCGUUCCAAUAUCUUAUUCUCAUCCAACAUCGCCAACAUACGGCCCUCUAACCUGGGCAACCGAGAAACUCACAAGGAGUUCUCAGACAGCCUCAAAAAAGCUAUUAAACACAAUUGGCCUUUCAAAACUCUCCACAUCCUUCUCUCCCUACGACGCGGAAUCACAAACCCCAAGAAAUUGGGGAACAAGCAAUACUUCCUUCUCCGAAAAGGCAAUGCAAUCCGGUCAAUUCCCAAGCCACUACUACCCAAAACCCACAAAAUUCCACAGCACCUUCCGCUCAGCGCCGAUAGGAUAUACAAUCUUCCACCUCAAACGUUACUCCCAACUCUUGUUCACCCCACGCCGCCUUCUUUCCCUUUUAGUCUCCCUUCUCCUCUUAUCUUUCCUUUUUCGCAAACCCCUCACAAAUUUCUACAGAUCCUCCCCACUUUUCGGCGGCGGCUCUAAAUUUGUCAUAAUCCUCGCUUCGAACCAAGGCGGUGGUGUUCUCGGCUGGAAAGGCGAAAAGGAAUGGUUCGUAGAACGCGAGUCGAUCAAGAACAAAAAGCUAUAUGCAGAGAAACAUGGUUAUACCCUCGAAAUCAGAGAUAUGAAAGCCAUGCGACGGUACGCCCACGAAUGGCGUGAAGGAUGGGAAAAGAUCGAUGUCCUAAAACAAACGAUGAAAAAGUACCCGAAGGCAGAGUGGUUUUGGUUUUUGGAUAUUCAGACAUACAUCAUGGAACCUGAGAUUAGUUUGCAACGUCACAUCUUCAGUCGGUUGAACAAGGUUACAUAUAGGGAUAUCAACAAGUAUAAUCCUCUAAAUAUCACACAUCCGGUACGGAGAAGGUGGUUGGACAGCGUGGCAAAGAGCGUUACCGGUGAUGCGGAUGAGGAUAGCCUCGGUCUCAUUCUCCCACAGGACUGCGGUGGCUUCAAUUUGGGUAGUUUCUUCGCCAGGCGCUCGGAGUUUACAGAACGUUUGAUGGAUGUUUGGUGGGAUCCUGUCGGGUAUGAACAGAUGCACAUGAACUGGGAACAUAAAGAACAGAACGUCCUGGAGCAUCUAUACAAACACCAACCAUGGACUCGCAAUGGUAUCGCCUUCAUCCCUCAAAGAAUGGUGAACUCAUUCCCACACGGUGCCUGCAAGGAAAAAGCAGGCGACAAAAACAUCUUCUAUCAAGCAGAGGACCGAGAUUUCCUCGUCAACAUGGCAGGAUGCCAAUGGGGUCGAGACUGUGCAGGCGAAAUGCAGCACUUCAAAGAAAUUAGCGAAAAGCUAGCAAGUAAGAAAGGAUCUUGGUAG